CUGCAGCCAGAACGAUGCGGGGUAUUUAGCGUUUGGGUAGCUGGGGGUCUGGGCCGGAGACUUUGGGUCUCCCUCUUCUGGUGGAAGCGACCACAGGCUUCGGACUUGCUUGUAGUGGCGGCGAACGGGAAAGGGUGCCCUUGGUGCUGCACUUGACCUUGGACUGAGCCGAAGCCGAUGGCGUCUUGGGCUGCUAUAAGCUUGAGCCGAGCCGCUGCCACAUGCUUUCGGGCGCGCGGCCUCGGGGCCCGGGUGACUCUGCGGCCUGUCCAUCUGCCUUCCCAGUCAGAACUCUGGGGCCGGACGCUGCAUCUCACCGUGGCGGUCCCCGCUGGGCACAACAAGUGGUCAAAAGUGCGGCACGUCAAGGGUCCCAAGGAUGCUGAAAGGAGUCGCAUCUUCUCCAAGCUUUGUUUGAGCAUCCGCCUAGCAGUUAAAGAAGGAGGCCCCAACCCUGAGCUCAACAGCAAUCUGGCUAACAUCUUAGAGGUGUGUCGCAGCAAGCACAUGCCCAAGUCAACGAUUGAGGCAUCACUGAAAAUGGAGAAAACCAAGGGCGUUUAUUUGCUCUAUGAGGGUCGAGGCCCUGGCGGUGCGUCUCUGCUCAUUGAGGCCUUAUCUAACAGUGGCUCCAAGUGCCAUUCGGACAUCAGACACAUCCUGAACAAGAAUGGUGGAAUGAUGGCUGAAGGAGCACGCCACUCCUUUGACAAAAAGGGAGUGGUUGUGGUUGGAGCGGAGGACAGAGAGAAGCAAGCUGUCAACCUGGAGCGUGCCCUGGAGCUGGCGAUCGAAGCAGGAGCUGAGGAUGUCAAGGAAACUGAGGAUGAAGAGGAAAAUAACAUUUUUAAAUUUAUUUGUGAUGUGUCUUCACUGCAUCAAGUAAGGAAGAAGCUGGACUCCCUGGGCUUGUGUUCUGUGUCCAGUACACUAGAGUUCAUCCCCAACACAAAGGUCCAGCUCGCUGACGCCGACUUGGAACUGGCCUCCCAUCUCAUCCAGGCUCUCAGCAACCAUGAGGACGUGAUCCAGGUCUAUGACAACAUCGAGUAACCAGGCCAUUCUGCCCCUGGGCCCCUUCCUACGCAAGGGGCAGCACAUCUGGAAUGCAGCCUUCGACAGGGCACUGACACUGAGGCAGAUGGGUGGCCUAGCAAGUUAGGAGGCGUGAGACCAGGCAUCCUCACACCUCUGGGGCCUUUCUGUCAACUCUGAACUCAGGAAGUUGGCCCUUGUGGAAUGAUUGGUGCCCUGGGGCCCAUUUCCAGAAACUCCUCUUAAAUGACAGAUUGAUCUGGGUUGCUGCACUGCUCUUGUUUGGCUCUUGAUUUUUCUGGGUUCCUUUCCAGCUGUUGGGACCCUCUUGACUUCCUCUCAUAUUUAUAGGCUAUGACCAGUACGGUCCUAGGCUUGAUGUUUAUUUUUUCAUUGACCAUAGAAGUGUAAUUCUCUCCAGGCAUUAUGUGAUGUGAUGAUGUGUCAAAAUGUGUCAUCAUUUAUGCAACUGAUAUUUAUUUAACACCUGCCAUGUACCAGAAACACCACUUCUCAAGACCACAAGCUGUUCGAUCAGUGCUAUGCCCCAAGACCCGGUACCCAGAGGACAGACCCAGGGCUGUGCAUUACUGAUGCUGUGCCAGGGCCACGUGACUGUGUGUGUCCUUGUUCUCUUCAUGUGAUGCCUGUGUCUUCCUGCCAGGGUAUGGCCCUAGCGCAAUAGGAAACCCUGUGCCAGUGAUAAUGGACGCCCUGCUUUUCUCAGGCCCUGAGGUUGGUCUGUGCAUUCUGAGAUGGAUCAGGCAGACCGGUGGGUAGAUUAGGCUGUUCUCAGAACGGGCCCUACAAAGGCUGGUUUCAAAAGCUGCCUGGCCCCAGAACACCUAACCAGAGCACCUUUUCAUUCCUCUUGCUAAAAGGAGUCCCUGGGGACUGGAGAAGAGCCGAGAGCAGGAGGAGGGAUGAAUCAGAAGCCUUGCAGGCGCCUAGAGAGGGUGACCUUUAGUGCCUUCUGUCACUUCUGGAUUUAGAGAGGCCAGGGGUGCCGGCCACCUGGGCUGGAGCCCUCAAGCUUGUUGAGCCUGGAGAGACUUUUUGACUCGGUUAAUGUCCUACUUAAGUUAUUUAAGCCAAUUCUGAGCUUAAGCAAUUUUCCUGAAGGAAUCUCACAAAUGAGAAUGAAAAAGAACUAAAGUUAAAUUGGCUAUAAAUGAUUAACUAGAAAAAACAUUAUUCUACAGUGAUUUCAACGGCUGGAGAGCAAAGACUAGGGGGAAGAAAACCAAUGAAAUAACCCAUGAUUAUGCCAAAGCACAUGUCAUAUAUGUACAUACCUCAUUCCAUAAUCGUUGACUUCCUGGGUUUUCGGUUUUUAUAGGCGUGAACAUCUGAGCGGCACAUCAUGAACACACGUAACUUAAAAUUAAAUGCUUCUUCAUAAUUUAUAAGAUACUUUCAUAUGUUGUUUACUUGAUUUUUACAACAGAUCUUUAAAAUAGGCCAAGAAUUUUGUGCACACGUUACCUCAUAGCAAGCAGGUAAGAACACAGCUAGUAACCUUGUAUUGACAGGCUGGGUAUGUUUUGUAAAUGUUUAGAUAAAUGAAUCUGGAAGAUUCCUGACCGAGACAUCUGUAGUAGGGGAGCCCACUCUGGUAGGGAACUUGACUCCUUAGGUGAGUGUCCUCUCAUCUGGUAGGACUGACUCAAACAGAACCAGUUUUCUUAAUCAAGGCCUACUAGCCGGCUCUGUCCUGACCCCUAGUGGUGUCCUGCAGUCUUUCCUGCAGCUAAUGAAACCUUCCUUGGGGCUACUUUACCUCCUGUGGUAAGGAGACCUUGAGCUCCUAGGUUAAAUAGCUAAAUUACUUUUUAACUGAGUAGUUACUUAGAGAGUGUAUGAGUUAUUCUGCCACUAAAAAUUAUUUUUCAAAUUUUAUGUCAGAAAAUAUUUUCAAUAUGUUUAGUGGAAAACAAAGAUGCAAAACUAUUUACUAUUGUUCAAAUUUUGAAAUAUAUGUCACAAAUAUAUAUACGUGUGUAUAGAGAUACGCACACACACACAAACACACACCCAUACACCCAUCCUAUCUAGAUAGACGUGUGAAUUUUAUAAAGGGACUAGGAGGAAGUGUAUCAGAAUAUCAAAACUGGUUCUCUGGAUGGUCUUGAAAUGGCGUUUUAUUGUCUCUAAUCAUGUCUUUAAUCGUGCAAUCUUUUAUCAGGGGAACUUUUUUUCUUUUAAGAAAAUUAGCCAUAGUGUUUGUCCAACGAGGGAGACAGCAUACGAAAGGCCAGGAGUCAGGCUUACCUUAAAAGAAUUGAAUCCUGUCGUCGCUUGCCUUUGCCUUGUCUUUGGUCAUUGUCUUAGCAACAGAAUCAUUCAGGGCCUUGAAGAUGGCUUGAGCUCACUUCCGAGUAUCCUUUUGGUGGGACGGAGCAUCUGUGACAAGCUCUGUCCAUGGCCUUGACUGUCACAAGAUGUGUGGUGUGGUGUGUCCCCGCCUCCCUGCUGCCGAGGCCCCAGCUGAAUCAGACAGGAGCAGCAAAGGCUGUUUCCAGCCAACCACGGGAAUUCAGCUGUGCACUUGAGUGCCUUUCUCUUUCUUUUUACUUUCUGAAAUUUAUAGCAGAGGAAUGAAUAAAACUUUCAAACUCUAAGGGCCUAACUCCUAGACUUUUAUUUGGAUCUCAAGAGGCCUCUGAGGUAUUCUGUGUGCAGCAAAGAUAAGAGCCAAGAGGUCUGGCUGAAGCGCUCGCCAUGUAGUAUCCUUCUUGGUGGAAACCACAUUCUCUGUUCAAUGCAAGGCAAUGAGUGGGGAGAGCAGUUUUUACAUUCUCCUCUUUUCUGGAAUCUUUUGUCUAUGACAAAAGAGGUAACAUCUAUUGUGUUUUAAAAAGACAAAUCUUAGAGAAACAAGUCUCACCUAAUGUUACCUCCCCAGAUACAAAUACCGUAACAAUACUCUUUAUUAUUGUACUCAUUGGAAUCAGUUUGCUGGAGAACAAAUUCUGACUCUGACAAUAGCUAGCAGCCAUGGAUAACAACCUCUGCUCAGGUUUCUUAUCUGUAAAGUAAGAAUUACAGUACCUACUUCAUAGGUCUGUUUGAACAUUUUUAAAAACUAAAAUGUGAUCACAUUUCUGCCCUCUAACCUAUUUUCUACUCAUGGCAUACCUUGCACACCUUUUUUAUAUUAGUAUGGAGAAAUCGGCAUCAUUCUUUUUACUAGCUAUGUAGUAUUCUGUUGUGCUGGUUAAUGUGCCUUAAUUUAUGUAACUAGUCCUUAUCAAUGGAUAUUUGGAUUAUCUUGUCUUAUAAAAGAUCCUGCAAUGAAGAGUUUUUAUUUUUGCUUAUUUGCAAAAUAUUCUUUAGGAUAAAUUUACAGAAGUGGAAAUGAAAAGUAAUUUUUGCAUUAGAAGUUAAUGUCAGUAACAGAAAAAUCUUGGUUGUAAAAAUUUACGUGGUAUACUUUAAUCCUUGACAGAGCAAAAAAUAAGACAGUUGAAUUGAUAAUCUGAAUAUAUCCCACUUUACCUCUGAACUAAAGGAAUUUCAUCAAAUGAGAUGAUAGGCUUGUUGGUUUUUUGAAAUGUCAAAUUCAUUGAGCUACUCCCUAAUUGGUUCAUUUAUAUUGUAGCUUAUGUGCCUGUGACCCUGUGCUCUUGAGCUGGAGUGUGACUGGCUGCCUGAUGCCACCAGUAUUUUCUGAGGGGCUGAGCAUUAAAGGCAGGUGGUGCACUCAAAGGCAGGCAGGGCUCUGGUGCUUAAGGAGGGACACAUACUCUGUAUAAACCAGGGGAACAGCUUGAGAGGGCCUGGCCCACCUGGGAGGCUUCGUGUGGGGGGAGUGGAGAAACAACACCGAAGAUAAAGGGCAGACCUGUGGGAGUUACAUUCUGUUAUUAACAUCCCCACUCGAGGUUCACUUACUCAGCAAAUACUUGUUUUUAAAAUGUACUGGUGAAAGA